GCUACGCUAGCGAGCCGGCUAACGGCUACCAGAUGGGCACAAAGUUUGUACCAUAGCUAGCAUAACGUGUCCACACUGUAGGUUCAUAUUGUUAAAAGCCGUGCCGGAUUUAAGCCUUCUGUCAGAAGAAGGUUUAUUUACCAGUUUGAGAGACAAUAUUUAACGUUACUCUGAGGGAAACUUCACAUCAGAGAGCUAACCCAGCUAACUUUACUUACGCUAGAUAGCUAGGUUAACUAACUAGCUACUAACGUUAACUCAGCUUCUUUAAGUAGCAGUAAAGUAGGUUAGUUAAGUAGGCAGCUCAGUUGUUUAGAAGCAAGUAAACUUUGUCUAGUUUGCUGGCAAACUGGUUAUUUAAUCAGGUUGGGCGAACGUUAAACAACCUUAGAUACGGACAGUUUAUUAGCUAAUAGCUAAAUAGUUGGUUUAUCAGAAAUAUUAGCUAAUGUUACAUUAAACUGUUGCAUGUUAGAUUUGCACAUGAUUGUUGUGGCCACGUCUGGUCCAAAACUUCUCCGUUUUGUGACUUGCUCAUGUAGGUUAGCUAGCUAUUUAGACUGCGGGAUUAUUCUGAAUUGCAGCUGGUUUGUACUGGUUUAUACAAGUAUGCUAAACUGAAGCAUGCUUGAUCCUCCACAAGUCAUCAUGUUUUGUGGUUAACACUGUCGCUGUGUCACUACACUUCAUUGCUUCUUCCUUUCAGUUUGGAUCUGCUUGUGGGAGGAGUUGUUCUCUGAGGAAUGGAGCUGUUCACUGAAGAAAGGAGUGUUUCAUGUAGAGCUUAUUUUUCUUGUUCUGUCAGGUGUAAGUCAAUGUCUGUCACACACUGGAAUCCCUAUUGGAGACUGCCCCCUGAUGUUUGUGGCAAGAACUGCUUUAUGGAGUCGGCUUGUAGGUAUGCUGUGGAUAAGACAUUGUCUGGGUUCAGUCAUGUGGACAGAGUUGAGCCGGUCAGGUUGGCAGUGGUGGCGUGUGGACCAAGGCUGGAGGAGACCCUCACCAUGCUGAAGUCUGCUGUCAUCUUUAGCCAGAGAGCACUCCAUUUUCAUAUCUUUGCUGAGGAUGAUCUCCAUUCUGGCUUCAAAGAUUCUCUGGAAUCGUGGCCAGUGAGAUUUCGUUCCAAGUAUAACUACACCAUCUACCCCAUCACCUUCCCCAGUGAUAAUGCAAAGGAGUGGAAGAAGCUGUUCAAACCCUGUGCUUCUCAGAGGCUUUUCCUGCCCCUGAUCCUGAGUGAGGUGGAUUCUCUGCUGUAUGUGGACACUGACAUCCUGUUUCUGCAGCCAGUGGAGGAGAUCUGGAACUUUCUCUCCAUGUUUAACAGCACUCACAUGGCGGCAAUGGCACCGGAACAUGAAGAGCCCCGAAUAGCAUGGUAUAACCGUUUUGCACGCCACCCAUACUACGGCAAGACUGGAGUGAACUCUGGAGUCAUGCUCAUGAAUAUGACUCGAAUCAGAGCCAAGCACUUCAGGAAUGACAUGACACCAGUUCAUCUGAGAUGGGCGGACUUGCUUAUGCCACUUCUGCAGAAAUACAAACUCAAUAUCACAUGGGGAGACCAAGACCUCCUAAACAUCAUAUUUCACCACAACCCAGAGGGCUUGUUUGUGUUCCCAUGCCAUUGGAACUACCGUCCAGAUCACUGCAUCUACGGCAGCAACUGUGCUGCAGCUGAGCAAUACGGUGUUUACAUUCUCCACGGCAAUCGAGGUGUUUACCAUGAUGAUAAGCAGCCUGCCUUCCGAGCCGUAUAUGAUGCUAUUGAGAAAUACCCAUUUGGAGAAGAUCCAGUGAGCUCUCUACUUCACCCCUUAGAGGAAAAGCUAAAGACUACAACGCACACAUACUGUGGAAGAUCCAGUCACAUUUUCACCAAGAAAUUAAGGGAGAGCAUUAAGUACAUACAGAAAGACAAUCUCAAUGCAAGAUGAUCCCGUCCACUCAAACCCAUGAGCCCAUCUCAGCUAGAAGCACAUACAGUAUUGGUAAGAAGCCUUAAGCCCAGCUGGAGAGCAGGACUGUUGCAGAUGUGUUCAAGUCAUGUUGCAGACUCAUUCAAGUCAUUGAAAACUCCAUGAAUUCAACUAGAAUAUGUAGUUUUUUUUCCUGCCAGUUGUCCAUGACUCUUGCAUGAAUGGAAAGGAGGAUGAAAUACGCACUGAAAUCACUUUUAAGUGUAACUGAGAGGGGCCAAAUGGAUGGAACCUGACAAUCAGUCGGCCGCUCUAGUUCUGAAAUGCUCUAGAACAGUUGUUCUUCACUCCAGUUCUAGAUACCUGAAUGUUCUGCAGGUUUUUUUUUUUUGCCUGUUCCAGCUUACCUUACAUUCAGCUAGUGAUUAAUCCCCCUAGCUAUAUUAAGUGCAUUAGAGCAGCUCUAGGGCUGGAAGUUUGAGAAGCUCUGUCAUUUGUGACUAAGCAGGAAUUAUGGAUAAAAAGCAAGGUUCCACCAGUUUCAGAAGUACCUUAUUUAUGUUCAGGGAAAGUUGGAGUUACCUUUUGGGUGCUGAUCUAGUUUUAGUAAAGAAUACAGUCGUAUGCAACACCCUCAAAUUACAUGUUUUGUUGAUUUUCAAAGUGAAAAUAAUACAUUAGUGCACAGUUUUACAUAUUGGGGGGAAAAAAAACAAAAUAUGCCAUAACAUUUAUACAGGCCACAUUUUACAUUUUUUUUCCCCCAAUAUACUAAAUUCAGCCGAUAAACAGCAAUUGUGUAUUACAGUGUGCAGAAGUGAGUUAUAUGUAGAGAAUGUGUUAACUUUUUUUUCACUUAGACAAUCAACAAAACAGGGGCUCCCAAACGUCUUGUGUGAGACAGAAUCCUGGGGCCGUAUUACAGAAACUUCCUAUCUUUUUGUCUUAACUUAAGAUCCGACAGGUCAAGAUAAGAUUUUUCACAAAUUCAUAUUACGGAAGCAAAUCUAAUCUUUAUUUAAUAAUCUUAUCUUACAGCAUCUUAGCUUAUCUCAGAUUAGGAAAUCUUAACUUUCUUGAUUGAAGUCAACUAUCAACUGUUGUGUCUGUUACCUAGCAUCUGACCAUACGCACACAGCAGAAACGUGAACACGUAGCUAAUCAAGUUAGCCAGACAGCUAACGUUAGCUACCGUUACUGAUGUAAAAAAAAAAAAGGUCAAAUAAAACUAAAGCACGAUAAACUGAGAGUUAAGAAUAUUGUUACACUUCAUGCUGUUUAUCGGAGCAUCGCCGCUCCACAGUUUCAUUUCCUAAACACUUUAGCCAAGCGCGCUAACAUUCUUCGUCCUAAUAUACAGACACAUGUUCAGCUCUGUCACCUCAUACAGCACCACAACUAUAAUAUUGUACCUAACAAGCUUUUAGCAAACCUUAACAACCAAAGGUAAUAAGGGGGGACGGUGGAGUGUGUGCUGCGUCUGAGUUCUUAAAAACGGCCGUUUAAAAAACAAAAACCCACACAAGUCAAAGCACCGUUUUCAAUACAUAAAUGUAGCGUCAUUAUGCUACUUACAGUGAACUGUGCUGCCUGUCACUGCAUAAAAUAAUAGAAACAGGCAUUUAAAACAGAUGUUAAGACAGCUCUGGAGUUGUCUUAAAGUUAAGAGAAUAUGUAGGAUAUUUUGGCAACUUAGGAUGUUUCUGUCAUACCGUUUUCUUAUCUGGAAAUAAGAUUGUAGACUUAAGGACUGUUGUUCUGUAAUAGCUUCUGUCCUAACUUCAGUCUUAACUGAAUUUGCCAUGACAACAAAGCAGCUAAGAUAUGAUCUCAGACUUAAGAGUUUUCUGUAAUAUGGCCCCUGGUCUUUUGAUAAGAAAACGAGCCUAGCUAAGCUUUUUAAUGUGUAAAUGUACCAUAGUAUACAUUUUUUUGUUUUGUUUGUUCUGUUGGUCAUCACUUAUGCACAGUGCAUUUAAGAGGUACGGAUGAUAAACUCAUGCAUCAUAGAAGUCUGUUAACAUACAGACUUGCAUGAGAUUAUAGCAUCGUAGAUGAUAAAUCACUUAAUUUCACUGAUAAAAAUGAGGAAACAUUUGUUAUAACUUGUAAUCUGUCAUGACUUUAGUUUCAGGUGAUCAGAACAUUUUAACAGUUUUUAGUGUUGUGUAUUUUAGAAAAUCACUUUCAACACAUGACAAUGUCAUCAGAUACUAGCAGAUCACACUUCAGAGAGAAUUAAUAACACUGCACGUUUUAAAUAGUAAACUAGAUGGUGGGGUGGCUAUCCUUAAUAAGACUAUUCUAAAUUAUUAUUAGAAACACAUUUUAUUGUUAAUCAUCAUCACGCUGUUUGUGAAUCAUAAGUCUAGCUACACUUAAAAAUCAGAGAAAUAGAUUGUGUCACUUAAAUGUUGACAGGGUCUCUUUAUUUUUGUGUUAUUAAUACAGUGAGACCAGCUGAGACUGGAGUCUUUUUUCGUCUGACCCUGUUUGCUGUUAAAAAGCUAAUUUAAUAAAUAAGUAGAAGUAAUGCCAGUCAUGAGGAAAGGAAAGGAAAGAAAACAGGAAAAGCAUGCACACUGCUCUGUGAGCCUGUGAGCUUCUUAAAAUGAUCUAGUGAGACUGAAUGCUUCAGCUUCGCUGGUUUUUGAAAUUCAUUCCACAUUUAAAGCUCCUGAAAUGUGACCGUGGGUUCUGUUAAAGCUGUGAAAUUACUCUAUGAAUGAUAUGCUAGACGGCCUACAGGUGUGUUUAUUUACUGAAGAAAAAAAGUUGAGGAAAAACCAGUUUUAGCCACUUUUGCGAAAGCAGUUUAAGACUAGUUUUACACUAAGUUUUCACUAUUGGCUGUGUAAUUCAGUCCAAGACUAAACAUAAUCUUUAAACUCUUUUCCUGUAUGUCCGCUUCUCAGACAGUAGGAGAUUAAAGUGUAUACACAUAAAGCUAAUGCCAAAAAUAGGUUUUGCACUACGCAGCAGAAUCAGUUAUGCUUCGUUUAGCAUAUGCCUGUUGAAUAACUAUGGUAUAUUUUUCUGUACAAGAAGACUUCAGUUUUACAGAGAAAACUACUUUCCAUAGUUCACAAAUUUAUAUUGUGUAUUGAGUCAUAUUGAUUUCAAAAUGUUCGUCUUGAGUGUCUUCACCGUUACCAUCAAAGACAGUACCUCAAUUGUAACAUCUUUGAUUUGUUGAAUGUAAAUGUUUGAAUGAUGCAGUAUAUUUUUGUAAUAAACAUUGCACUUCUGCCUA